AUGGAUCGAGGGCUGCGGCGCCUCUUCAUCGCGGCGCUCUGCGUCGCGUCGUCGUCGCCGGCGGACGUCGUCGGGUGCGCGGCCGGGGACAAGGCGUACUGCGCGGCGAAGCCGCGGUUUCCGUACCCGGCGACCCAGGAAGAGCUCGACGCGACGCUCGUCGUGCGCGGCGCGGGCUGGGGCAGCAUCGCGGCGCGCCUCGCGCCGGACCACGCGUCGCCGCCCGUGCGCGUCGUCGUCAUCGGCGGGUCCAUGACCUGUCACGCCAACGUGCGCCACGACGACGGCUGGCCCUUCGUGCUCGGCGGGUACAUGAAGCGGCGCUACGGCGGUCGCGUCGCCGUCGUCGACAAGUGCGCGGCCGCGACGAGCCUCGCCUGGGCCGUGAACAUGGCCUCGAAGAUCGUCGAGGGCGGCGUCGACGUGCUCCUCGUCGACUACGUGCAGAACGACGGGCGGCCGACGCUGCUGGACGCGCAGAGCGACGGCACGGACAUCGACACGAGGACUCGCAUCGGCGCCGAGGCGCUGCUCCUCGCGCUGGGGCGGCUGAGCCAGCUGCCCGAGCCGCCCCUCGUCUUCUUCUACGCGACCUACCCGCCGCCGCGCUUCUUCACCAAGUACCACCGGAACAACAUGCGCGAGUGGGCCAAGUUCUGGAGCGACUACGACGCGCCCAAGGUCAAGGCCUACCUGAAGAUCCUCCACGGCCACGCGGACAACUACGAGGUCGUCGCGACUCAUUACAACGCCACCUUCGCCGCGCUCCAGCGCGCGCUGUGGCCCGACGCGCUCGACACGGCGCGCGCGACGAAGCUCUGGGUCUCGGACACGAGCGAGGGCGACUGGGACCACCACCCGGGCCGCGACGCGCACCGCGUCGUCGCCGACUCCAUCUUCAACGCCUUCCAGCGCCUCGCGGACGACGCCGACGGCGCGCCGCGGCCGACGCUGCGGCCGAACGCGACGCUCGCGGCGUCGCGCGAGGUCCUCGACGCCGUCGGCUUCUGCCAGCACAUGACGGCGACGAUCUCCGCGGACGUCGAGUGCGCCAAGCCCGGCUACGCGCCCCUGGGCUGGGACUGCUACAGGGACGUGCCGACGAAGCCCCGGGGCUGGAUCUGGGACGGCGGCGCGCGGCGGCGCAACGGCACGGCGCGGCGGCGCCUCGCGCCGAAGCGGCGCGCGCCGCCGAAGCGGCCCGCGAAGCGCGCGCCGCCGAAGAAGCGGCCGCCGCCGCGCGCGCCCGCGGCCGCGGCGGCCCGCCGGGACGACGAGCUCUCGUUCGUCGUCCCCUGCGGCCGCGACCGCCGCGUCGGCGUCGAGUUCCUCAAGUCCUACGACCGCAUGGGCGCCGUCGAGCUCACCAUCGCGAGCCACGACGGCAUGCACAGCUCGAAGAAGAGCGGCGUCCUCUACCGGAGCGACGCGCAGCGCGAGAAGAUCAUCCGCGCGGCGCCGACGAAGACGCGGUCCUACGCGAUCAACGCGUCCUGGCCCCAGCGGGAGUCCCUCGCGCACGUGGAGAUGUUCGCCUACGACGCCUGCUUCAACAAGGGCGACUUCGAGUCGCCCCUCGUCAUCACCCUGCGGCCCCUCGACCCGGCCAAGAAGUUCAAGCUCCUGUCGCUCUGGACGUGCUAA